AUCGCCUUCCCACCAUCUCUCUCCGCAACCUCCAUAACUCAUCGACCAUGGCUUCUGACACCGUCUGCUGCCCGCCCCAGGCUCCACGCCCCAAGGUUGCGCACCCCGUCGCCCAGAAAGGCGGGUAUGAGCCGUUGGGCACGUACGAGAAGGUCGGCGACUUCGAGAAGGUCUAUGUUACUGGACCCGAGAAGGCGGAUCACGCGAUCGUGAUUAUCUAUGAUAUCUUUGGGUUUUGGGAAACAUCGCUGCGCGGCUGGGAUCUCCUCGCCAACCACCUCAAUCUCCUCAUUCCGCACAAGCUGUACGCCCCCGACGUGUUCCGCGGCAAGCCGUUCCCGCCUGACAAGGACGGCGACAAGGAUGAGCUGAAGAAGUUCUUCGAGACGACCGCGAAGAUCUCUGACCGCCUCCCGGAGGUCAUCAAGUUCGGCGAGCAGCUCAAGAAGGAGUUCAAGACGGUGUCGAUCCUGGGUUACUGCUGGGGCGGCAAGAUCUGUCUCCUCUCGCUCGCCAAGGAUGUCUUCCACUCCGGCGCGACAUGCCACCCCGCCAUGAUCGCCAACGAGGACGGUGACAACCUCGCGCGCCCCUUCGCAUUUUACCCAUCGAAGGAUGAGCCGGGAGAUGUUGUGAAGUACAUCGCGGCCAAGCUCAAGGAGAAGCCGUUCGCCAAGGAGUGCGAUUACGUGCUGUAUGACACUGUCCACCACGGAUGGGCAGCGGCGCGCGCCGAUCUGAGCAACCCCGAGAACCGCAAGCAGUUCGACGACGUGUACCAACGCCUUGCGGACUAUUUCGCGCGGGUGAACGCACCAAGAAGAAGCAGGAUGUGAGAUGCAAUGGUGCGCGAGAAUAGGGCAUGAACCGGACUCGAGAGCCGCCCAGUUUGUUUAACGGACAGUUGUCCCGGUCCUGGUGACACAAAUCCAGCACCACCGCCUGCUGCCUCUGCCACGAGCGCGACUGUACCACCUUCCUCUGUUGAGACGGCGACUGACUCGCGCGGACGAGUAGCACGCGGUCACGCGACUUGCCUCGGCUGUGCUCGCACACACUCUUAUUCCUCUCCCACCACCGACUCCCUACGGCGCACCAGCGCUAUGAUAUACAGCAGGCGAGCUUAGCCGCCUGGGAUGCAUGUCGUC